UGCGAGUUGCCCAUCCCUAUUCAUCGUGCGUGUUCGACCAGCUCUAGUGCCGAGUGUGUUUUUAAGUUCCUGGUUUUAAUUCAUGAUUUUUUGCUGCCAGCUAAGAGCUUAAACUUGCGAGAAGCUAGCCAGCAGCCGAACCUGAACUGAAACUGCCAACAUGAGCAUACCCAACGAAUACAUUGCCAAAACGGAGGAUGUGGCGGAACAGGUUAUCAAGCGGGGAAAGAAUGUGCUGCCGACGGUGGCACGCCUCUGCCUCAUCGCCACCUUCUUCGAGGACGGCCUUCGCAUGUACUUCCAGUGGAAUGAGCAGCGCGAAUACAUGGACAUGAGCUGGGGAUGCGGCAAGUUCCUGGCCACCGUCUUCGUGCUUGUCAACCUGCUGGGUCAGUUGGGCGGAUGUGGCAUGGUGAUGGCCAGGUUUAAGGUCGACAUCGCGGUGGGUCUGCUCUUCUUCAUUGUCGUGCUUCAGACAAUAGCCUACUCCAUUCUGUGGGAUUUCCAAUUCUUGCUGCGGAACUUUGCUUUAAUAGGCGCUCUGCUCCUCGUCUUGGCGGAAGCCAGAAUCGAGGGUCGCAGCUUGUUUGCCGGCGUGCCAUCAAUGGGCGAUAACAAGCCCAAGAACUUCAUGCAGCUUGCCGGUCGUAUCCUGUUGGCGUUCAUGUUCAUCACCCUGAUCCGAUUCGAGUUGAGUGUGUGGCAGGUGAUCCAAGACAUCAUUGGAUCUAUUCUGAUGGUGUUGGUCGUACUCGGCUACAAGACUAAGCUGUCGGCCCUCAUCCUGGUGGCCCUGUUGACGGUGCUGAACCUUUACCACAAUGCCUGGUGGACUAUUCCGUCCUACAAACCACUCAGGGAUUUCUUGAAAUAUGAUUUCUUCCAGACACUCUCGGUUAUCGGCGGUUUGCUUAUGAUUGUGUCCUUGGGCCCUGGAGGCGUCUCCAUGGACGAACACAAGAAGAAGUGGUAGAGGGGUCGACAAACUGGAACUCCUUUAGCGAAACACUUGCAACAAUUGACUUUUACCGUGUUUUACUCUUUCCGAGAAAUAUAGUUAGGAUUUACCAUAAAAUGGAACAACAACAGAAGCAGCAUCAGCAGCAGCACAACGCCGGCACGUAUAAGAACUUGACAAAUUUCAAUAAAGGGACUUCCACAAUACCCUCUCCCUGGCUUACUCGUAGGACACACCCGCCCCUCCCACCAUCAUUCGCGCACAUUCAACUACAGACUUCGACUACAUUUAAGACAUUUUCUUUUUGUACAUAACGAAAAAAAGCAAAACAAAACAAAAGCGUGGCCCGUUUUGUGCCCUCCAAAAAAUGAGAGACGUAACUGAUUUUUGUACCUUUUGUCAAGAUCCGUAUGAUUUUCGCUGUUUAUUUUUUUAUGAUUUGUACGCCCUUAUGAAUAAGUUGUAAUCCUUGGUGUUUGCGUUUUGUUGUUUGAUAGAGGUUCGAAAAUGAAAACAAUGUAUAAAACAUGAUGUGUGUACCAAUUGACAAUGAUUUGUUUCUUUCGUUUAUAAGCAAAAGUGUAAUAGAAUUAAAUUGUAACGUUUUAAUAAACCUAAUGAAGAAAA